UUACGUUCACGAUCAUGCUUACGCAAUUGUAGAAUGAUCUUAACAUAAAUUAUAGCUUUUCAAUGCUGGCAGCGAAUUUUGGAACAUAGUCUACGUUCGUUUUGAGCGCUCGCGCGCUGGAAGCGUCAUUCUACCUGUGUUGCUCAUUACAUUUCAAAGAAAGAUAAAAUAAUGACACUUUAGUGUGUAGGCUACAUUAGUUUAAUCAAAACUCAGUGAAAAUCAUCCGUGGUGUGUGUACAUGAUAAAAUGUUGAAUGUUCCAUAAAACAUAUAUAUCAAUAAAGUUUUUGCCUUAAAUUAUAAUUACUGCGAAUAAUUGUAUUUCAAAGUGACGCCACAGUCAAAUUGUGUUUGAUUUGGAAUAUGUUAGGAACAAAUAUUUUACCUGCAACAUCUUUUACGUAACGAAAAACAUCGAAUAAUGGAAGAUUCUGCAAAAUUUGAGGAUAUCGAAUCGAAUAACGUAUCUUCUGGGAGUUCUCAAAUAAACCAAACGUUUCUCGACACAAGACCUUUGAUAGACAAUAAAAAUACGCAGGCUCGCGUCGUCCGAAGUACUAAAAAAGUCAAACUUGAUAAUAGCGAUCACUCUAAUAUUGAAAAAAAAGAUGCUAAAGAUGAGGAAACAACAGAAGCUAAAGUCAGACCUCUUAAACGUUCCUGCGAAUUAUGGUCUAUGGAGGAUAAGAAUACCUUUUUUAAGGCACUCAAUGAAUACGGAAAAGACUUUGAUGCUUUGCAGAGCUAUUUCUUGAGCCAAGGCAAAAAGAGGGGUCUAUCUGAUGCUAUUAUAAAAAAUAAGGAACAAAUCCGACAUUUUUACUAUAGAACUUGGCUAAAGAUAUCAAAGCACCUUAAGUUCUCAGAAGAUGUAAAAAAAACUGCACAGGAAUUGUAUGGGUUGAUAAAUUAUGGCGAACUUAGAAGAAAACUACCUCGGAUUCACGAAAAGGUCCACUUAAGAUUGAACGAGCUGGUAUAUUGGGGAUCUACUCAGGUCAGACUUAGAGGAAAAACUAUGAGGAUCAAAACGCCUAUAUGCAGAGCACUUAGAAAAUUGAAUCAGUUAGAAGAUUGGCAAGAAGAAAUUAAAUUACCAUCCAGAAUAACAAUAGAACUGAGACCACAUAAUAAUAUGGCUUGGUGGCAAGUACAAGCGGCAUCCAUGAAUCCUCGGGUGCGGACGCUUCUACCGAUACAGAGACGCCUCUCGAGUUUGUUGAUAUUUUUACAACAACGAUGGCGACUAACAAAAUACGCUACAUACACCACUGUAGAAAAUCUCAUCGCCAAUGAUGUAAAAGAUACUCGUUUAUUACGAGUUGCUCCACUAGAAGGAUGCAAAAUUGCUUUACCGAUGGUUAAUCUUGGAGAAUAUCUCACUAGUAACAGUCUCAGCUUGAAUUCAUAUGAGAAACGUCUUGGCUUGAAAAGCUCAAGAGUAGAUUUAUUAGGAUCCGUGCAACAUUUAAAGGGAAUAGGAAAAAAAGGUAUUAAACGAUAUAAAUUAGACAAGAAGGUCUUGAACCGCAUGGAUGAGAAUUGCGCGCUGCCAGAUAUCAGUAGCGACAUGGAUCUCUUGGAGACCGGGAAUAGUGUGUCUGAAAAACCAGCGAAUAUAAAUAAUAUAGAGAAACCGUCGUCUGAGCAACAUUCAGAGCCCAGCAGAUUUCCAGGUAGAGAAACUGUCGAUAGAAUUCGAAGGGGCUGGAACGUCGAGGAAGCGAACACGAUUACUAUGGGUGAUCUCUUUUUAAUGUUUGGUCGCGAAUCGAAAAUUACACUGGAAUAUCGAUGGGAUUGGCUGUCUAGCGAGCAAUAUACUACAGAUUCGUCGAGCGUCAUGCGUGACGAUAGUUUAUGUUUAGUCUUACAAAAGUUACUAUCACUGGCGAAACAUAAUUAUGGCACAAACAAGGUGUACGAUAACACAUCAGGAAGCAACGAAACUGUAAUCUCGUCUCGCGUCCCGUCCAUUAAAGAAUCUGUUAAAGAGUCUACAUUCAGAAGACCUCUUAUUCCACAGGCUUAUCAUAAGACUGGCACGGCUGACGCGUUUAAAACGCAACUUGACAAAUUCAAAACGCGUUUCUGUAAACGUGGUAGAACCGUGAGACAAAAGAGUCUCGUGAUACAAAGGGUGCUGCCUAUCGUAUCUUCACCGAAUAUAUCAUCGGCAUGUUUGACGACUGACGAUCCGAAUAAAAUUGAUGAAUCUUCAUUGUGCCAAACGGAGACCCACAAAAUGGUAGCGGUAAAUGCGAGCGAGACCCAAGACAAAAAUUUUCUAGACGUCCUAGAGACUAACGGAGAUGUAAAGAAUUCCAAUUCUAUUAUCACCAGUGCUACUCAAAUCCUUAAAGAAGGCGAACAUCAGUGGCUGAACAGCGAGGUUGCAGAUUUCUCAUUGAGCAGCUUCUUGGGACAACUUGAAUCGCCCAUUAAAAGCUCACAGAGAAGUCAAGCGGGCGAACAAAUCAUGGAUGAUGCUCGUCCUUCUUCUGAUGUUGUGUCGCAAAUGCAAUGCCUCAUGGGAGAAAACAGCGUUGACUAUAUGGCAAAAUUUGCAAAUCUGGCUUCGCAGAUAGCGUCUGAUGAAAAUAAGAAAUAGUGUUGUAAAUCCCAAACGAUAUUUGCAAAAACCUGAAACAACGAAUGAUACAGUAACCGCUACUUCCGUCACUACAUCUCGUUGGAUUCUUUUCCUGAGAAGAAACCGCCAUCGCCGUAUCAUCCUGAGGCGAUAAGAACAGUCGACACAGAGCUAAUUGCUCCGCUGUUUUAGAUACCAACUUUAUGUUAGUCAGAUUGUCGAAUCUCACAACGAACACGUGAGUGACGAGUACGUGAGAAUUCAAGUGUACAUUCUUAUUAUGUUCGAUACAAUAUGAUUACAAAUCGAAAUUUCAGUCGCAAUUCUUUGAUUGUAACAGUCACACUUUUUGUUCUGUUGCAGUUUGCAAAAAUAUGCACGCGCACUUUUUUUCUUACAUUUUCUAAUAUUUUAUUUAGAGCGAUAAACCUGUUUAACCAGCUGCUAAUGAAUGGAAACAUCCCAGCGCUAGAGUGGAUGCUUGUAUUCUCGGAAACGAAACCCACGGCCUUUUCCCUGGAGAGUUGCGAAAUACACAUCAAAAUGAUUCAUAGUGCUUACGUCCGCGUGACCACCGACGUGUAUACAUUUAUCUAGAAUCCGCGUUAGCUGCAGGUGCAAUUAUCCGUACAGACGUAAGCGUUCUGUCUUGAAUAAUUUAAUCCUUCGAAUUGAUCGAUUAUUCGGGAAAGUUGAAUAUUUCCAAUUAAUUGUACGUAAUUACCACAAGUAAAUUUUGUAUAAGUAGUUUCCUUGUAGUCUUGUUGUAGAUGCGCGAUCGGAUACGCGACGUAAUAUAAUAUUUGCGGUUUUUUCAACACUAUUACGUAUACGAAAGAGAUGCAAGGAACUACCGAAAUAAUUUAUUAACUACAUCUUGUAUCGCGCAACGAAAUGCAACGUUACAGCUGUGAUUCUUCGUUGAGAAUCGAACAAUUAUAGUUGUUACAUUGUAAUCUAUACGCGCGCACACACACACACACACAAAACAAUUGUAUUCACCUUAUUACCUGCACGCAUUUUUUGUGAAGAAAUUUAUUACGAGGUGCGUUGCGUUUGUAUGAAAAUUAUAAUAUAUAAAACGAGGCGUAGAACGAACAAUAUAUGACAACGUAAGGAAGAUCACAGCUGUACCGACGUGUGUACGACAUACAUCCACAAGGUACAUCGUGUUGUACUAUAAAUAAACUCGUGCAUAGGCGCCUCUACAGCGUGAUGCAAAUACAUA